UUCCUAACCUAGCUAGAUUUCAAAGUAAAUAAAACAAGAAGAGAAACCCGCUCAUCACCACAUAUUGCUACUGUCAUGUUAAAACAUUUUCAGUGCAAUCUUAUAUUUUUCCAUUUCUAAAUGUUCAUGUAUUCGAAAAGUUUAAGAAAAUAUUUAAGUUUUCGUUGCUUAGUUUGAUUUGAUUGUUUUGUACCUUUGAAGCCUUCAGGAUGAAUUUUUUUCCAUCAGUUCUUCGCCAUAGCGUUCAUUCCAGACCUCUUGAAAAACUCAUCACCCCUAUCGUGGGAGCACAAAAAGUUCUUCACAUUUUUGCAGCAUCUGUCAAAACUCCUCCAACCUACAGCGAGGAGGAAGUCCCAAAAUUUAUUUCUCCCAUCUUCACGAACAGAAAUCCGAGGAAUUUAGAAAGGCUGACAAUCGGCGAUAAACCAGAAGGUUGGAACUUUGAAAAACCAGGAAGAAGAUGUUGGAACAGGUUAGAAAUAACAGAAUCAUCUAGGUAUGUGACAGCGCGAGUAGUUCACCAUAGUGGAAGAGUUGUUCUAUCAGCAUCCACAGCCGAAUGGCCUUUAAAGAAACGUCUUCAUUCGUACUUAGACCAAAUAGCAUACGAAACUUUGGGAAAGGUUUUUGCAAUACGCUGUCUUGAAUGCGGCAUCGAUAGCAUGUUGUGGCCAUCUGAGGCUCCUCCAGGAGGAAAACUGGAUUCCCUGCUUACUACAUUAAAAAAUAGCGGAAUCAAUCUAGACGAAUUACCACAGUAUAAAGAUGUUAGUGUGAUGGCAAAAACCAGACCAGACAAACCAGGAGAGCCGGAAGAAUAAAGUCUUGAGGCCAAGUUUAGUAACUCGUUUUUUUUUGUAAGUCGAUUGUUUGAUUUUUAAUUCAUCCCGUUAAUUUUUUUUUAUUUUGUUUAAAAACUUCUUAUCAUGCAUUUUCUUGUGUCCAGAUUUGAUUUCAAAGAAAAAUUAAAACAUGUUUUCUUUAA